AUGACAUCCAUAUUUAAGUAGAUUAACUACUUUGUUGCUAAGAAACCAUUUGCCUCACUUCUUUGUUUAGUAAUAGGAAUCAAAUAAUUAAUACACAUAGAUAUUGAUCAGAGAUAAUUUACUGAUAACAGAGGAAUAGAGUCUUUAAAAUCUCUUAGACCUUCUUUUUUUAACAAAAUGAUAAUUUUUUCUUUUGUUUAAAAACUAUUUUUACUCAUAGCCUUACUAAACAACCUUACUUAUUUCAAAUAAUAUAUUGCAAAUGAGUCUUUAAGCUCUUUUGAUUUUAUAAUUUUGAUAAUGUCAAUUAUAAGCUUGAUACUGAUAGGAAAAAGAUUCAAAAAAUAUGUACUAAAUCAAAUAUUAAUGGGGCAAGAGAGCUUAGAAAUUGAUUCUAUAGAUUAGCUAAAAAGCCAUAUUUAAAACUUCAAACAAAAAAGAUUUAUUUCUAAGUACAGGAAUUUAAAGGCUGUGUAUAUCUAUAUUUAGCAUAUUAAGCAAGAAGACAUAGAAUUGUUUAUUUAUACAGUGUUUUCUGCUUUCGGAAAGAGUGAAAUAUUUGGUGAUAAAUUUGAAAGAAAAUUGAUUGUUGAUGUAAUUCAGUAGCAAGCAAUAUAUUUUCAUAUUGGUAUUGAGUUCUCUUAAGUUAACAACGUUAUUUCUAAAUAUAAAAUUUAGCCUUAAAUCUCUUAAUUAAUCGGCCAUUUUACAAGUAUUGACAAUUUAUAGGAGUUUUAUUUGCUAAUGAGCAAUCACAGUUAAUUGAUUCAAAUAGACAUAAACUCUGAUUUUUUUUUUGAGGACGUUUGCAUGUUAAACAAGAUUUUUUGCAAAUGGCAAGAAAUAACUAAAUUUUAAUAUGUUGCAUAUAAUAAAUAACUAAAAAAUUAAUUAAUAUAUAACCCAUAAGCAUCUUUUUAUGAUCUGUAUGAAUUGAAGUGA